AGCGUAGAUGUAGUACCUAUAGAACUCUUUGCCACUAAAAAAUACACAAAAAGAAGAAGUGCUAGGAAUACCUAACGAUCUAACCAAAAAAUUUAAUCAGAAAAUGAAAGUAUGAAAGUUUCUUUAAUCUUUAAUAUACUCUAAUUAAAUAGAUAAAUGAUUUUAUGAUGAGUGCUGCGCUAGUUCGAAAAAGUUUACAAAUUGUAGACCCACAAUAUGCUAGUAAAAUUGGUAAAAGAAAAAGCAAAUCUGAUGUCUUUGCACUAGCUCACCAGAGCCAAAAACUUAUAGGUAAAGCACAAAGGAAAGGAAAAACAGAAAAAGUCAAUCUUCUAUCGACAGAAAAGAAACUGACAGUAACAGAAGCAAGAAAAUAUAAUAAAUCAAAGGAACAGAUCCUUAAAGACAAUCUAAAGAAACUAGAAUUGAUUAAAAGAGCUAGCAAAGUAGAAUUGGACGAAAAACUGGUAAAACAGAUUAUUAAUCGAGCUGUAUCUAGAAGACCAAUUAAGAAAAUCAAACCCAAACAACAAAAGAAAACGGCAUUUACAGAAGAAGAUUUCAAGAAGUUUGAAGAGGAAUAUUUUGAUGAAUAAUGGCACUCUCAGACAGUGCGUGGGGAUAUAUUCAACUUACAUUAGGUUCAGCAAUGUUGCUCUGUAUGUUUUUUCAGUUAAUUAUAUGGCCAAUACUACCAGUUGAUCACAAUCCUCUGGACGAGUAUAUACCUACGACAGUAAUACUUUCAAUUUGUGGGAUUUUCGGUUUACUUUUUAUUGGUUCUUUAUCAAUAUUUACACUUAUAGUAAUGCACAAAUCUGUUACAAAAUAAACUAAAAAUAUCUUAAUAAGGUCCUCUUCCUAUACCAGCUCCCCACCAUGGCCUAAAAAAUAAUUCAAUAGAUUAGACAUAUUAAUUUUAUAAUACAUUUUAAGUACAAUAUAUUUUUUAUUUAUCAAAUAUAA